UCUCGCAAUUUUCCCUAAUUCGUUGAUACUUUUAAAGUGUUAUUAAUCCAAAACGUACUUAGUAUGCAUUUGAACAAAUGUGAUAGAUUAUUUUUUGUAUUAUUCUUUUUAAUCGCCUUUACGACAGUCACGAUACAAUUUGAUGCAGACGAUGAAGCCGACAAUUUUGAUGAGUACGACACGGAUAAUGACGUCCCGAAUGUCGACGAAUCGGAGUCUCUUCUAUCCAACGUUGUGAACGACAUGAACAAAACAUUAACAAAUUUUUAUAAUCAUGUGACUUCUGCAAAUAUAACCACUGACAACAGUACACAGUCAGGCAAUGAGACUAAGAAACUCGUAAAAUGCAAAGAUAUGGUAUAUGAAGAAGCCGAUGCGGAGCCUGUUGUCGAAAUAAUCAAUGGGAGUGUUUUAGCCAAGCUAUUGCAGAUAAAACCAGAUGUUACCAGCAGAGAUGUGGAAGCUGAUUGUGUGUUAGUACUUUUCUUUGCAAGAGCAUGUCCUUUCAGUGCACACGCAGCUCCACACUUCAAUGCGAUAGCUCGAUCAUACCCGAACGUAAAAAUGGUUGCACUAGAUGCUCUGAAAUUCCAUGGCAUUAAUGCACAAUAUGGUGUUGUAGGUGUUCCAACUUUGAAAAUGUUCCAUAAUGGACGACCAGUCGGGAAAUUCAAUGGUACAGAAUAUAACAUUCAUUCAUUUAGCAAAUUUAUACAUGCUAUCACAGGACAAAAUCCGCAAGGGCUUUUGGUUACAUCUAAAGAUUUUCAAGGCCCUGUUUCAAGCGUGGUUGAGAAGGAAACCGACUACUUUUUGGUUACGUCCUGGUUAUUUAUCUUUGUGUGCUCAGUGUAUUACUUCAUGCAAUCAAAAUGGUGGCGUAUGAUUGUAGAAUCGGUUCAAAAUAAUUGGAGAGAAUCUGAGGCUCAACAUGAACAUAAUGAUUAGGUUAAGUUUUAUUAAUUUAUUCUAAAGACUUAAUAAAAAUAUUUCAUUUUUUAUUGCAAUU